AAUGUUAGGCGAAUAGAACAACUCUAAACAUGCAAAAGACCUAAUUUGCUUUGUCACUUCUUCGAUGAAAGAACUUACCCAAAGUUUGAAAAAAUGUCACCACCAUCGGAAGCAAAAAUUGGCACCAAAGUUUGAAAGUUUUCGAAUUAUUUCGAGAAUAAAUUUCCCGGCAAUAUUUGGGAACCUUGAAAACAUUUGGCGGGAUAUUUAGCGGCAAUUUCCGAGGAAUACAAAACAACGCUCAAAUACCCUACUUCUUCAAUAACCCCUAACCCUCAUUUCUCUCACUAAAGUCACUCACUUUCUCUCUCUAGCUCCCACUAACUUCAACAAUGGCGGAAUCUCAGACCCAUGCUCAUUUCCUCAAUCCAUGGGUUCUUCAUCUUCAGAAAUUAGAACUUGAAUUGAAAUGCUCUCUUUGUUUGAAGGUGUAUAAUAAGCCGAUCUUGCUACCUUGUAACCACAUUUUCUGCAGUUCUUGUGUACCCAAAUCGAAUUUGUUUGGUGGGUUAGAUUGCCCCCUCUGCAAAAUAUCCUAUUUUGAACAAGAUUUGAGGCAAGCGCCUUUUGUACAAAAUGUGGUGAACAUCUAUAGGAGUAUGAAGGCAUCUACUCAUAUGCUUAAUCCAGAUCUUGGAAGAGUCAAAUCUGAAAUUCCCAAUCAAAUAGCCAAGAAACAGAUUGAUUGCUCUCCACCCGGAAACUCGAAUAGUGGGACAUGUGGGAAUGUGGAGCAACACGAGGAUGUUGACGUGGAUGUGAACCAGAUCGAGUCUUCAUCUCAGGACAGCCCUCCAUCCUCAGGAAUUAGCAAGGGUGUCGAUGUUGAUAGUCGUGAUCCAGGAAGCAGCUAUGAUACUGCGGGUAAACUUCCAUCCAAGAAGUCUUCCAAGAGAAAUGCUGAUGAUUUUAAAACCAAGGAUAACAGUCAUGAUCAAUCUGGCAAGAAGCAAAAGCAGUUUCUAAGCCAAUGUCUACCACAGCUUCGCCAGGGUAGUACAUCAUCACUAGCUGCCGAUCUGCAAAAUGCUGCUUCUGCAGGUUCUGAAAUGGCUAAUACUGGGAAUGAUCCUGGAAACCAACAAGCAGUUGAAUCUGAUUCUGCAAGUUUAAUAAACUUCUUUUGUGCAUUCUGUCAGAGUUGGAAGAUAACAGAGGGUAGUGGACCAAUGCAGCAUUUUGACAAGGGAAGGCAAGUUUUUGGCAGUGAGGCUGGCCGUUCUUCCGUCUUGCAUGUGCAUCAAAGUUGCAUAGAAUGGGCACCUCAAAUUUAUUAUGAGAAUGACACUACAAUGAAAAAUUUGGAUAAAGAACUUGCCAGAGCAGGAAAACUUAAGUGCACCAGCUGUGGGGUCAAGGGAGCUGCCCUUGGCUGUUUUGCAAAAUCCUGCCGGAGAAGUUAUCAUGUUCCUUGUGCGUAUGAAGUUACAGGAUGCAGAUGGGAUAUGGAUGAUUACCUAAUGCUCUGUCCUGCUCAUGUUUCCAACAAAUUUCCGAGUGAGAAGUUCAAAAAGCCUGCUGUAAAAAAGUGUUCGUCAGCAAAAAUAGUUGUUGAGAAGAAAAGCGUGUGUGACACUGAUUUUUGGGCUAAAUCAUCUACUGGAGCCAAGAAUUGGGUUCUAUGCGGAUCUGCCCUUUCUGCGGAUGAGAAGUAUAAGCUGGUGAAGUUUGCAAGCUCAUGUGGAGCAACAGUGACAAAGGCAUGGAACCCAGAUGUUACUCAUGUGAUUGCGGCAACAGAUGCAAAUGGGGCUUGCAGUAGAACACUGAAAGUUCUCAUGGGCAUUCUUAAUGGUAGAUGGAUACUUAGUAUUGAUUGGAUUGAAGCAUGCAUGCAAUCAAAAUGUCCUGUAGACGAAGAACCUUAUGAGAUUAUCUUUGACAAUCAUGGCUGCUGUGAUGGCCCCAAAACUGGCAGACUCAGGGUUUUGGAUAAUGCACCGAAGCUUUUCAGUAGCUUGAAAUUCUUUUUCAUGGCUGGGUUUGUGGAAACAUACAAAAAUGACUUGCAAAAUCUGAUAGUAGCAGCAGGAGGUACCAUCCUUGAAAGUGAAGCACAACUGCAAAGAUCUAACGAUAAACCAUGUCAUCCAUCAACAACAAUACUAGUUUACAAUGACGAUUCAACAGGAGAAGUUAACGGGGUCGUACAACGACAGUUAGUGGUAGAGAAACUGGCUUUGGAAACUGGUUCUCAAGUAAUUGCUCAUACAUGGAUCUUGGAUUCCAUUGCUUCAGGCGCAUUACAGGCCUUUUUUCAAAGGUAAAAAAGGGGGUAAAUCCGUAAAUGUAUAGGGUUUAGUACUAAAAUCUUUGUUUAGAUUAGCUAGCUAUAAUUUGAGCUCUGAAGGAAGAGGGUUCUGUGCUUUUGUCCUCCCAUUUGGUUAGUCACUGCUAAUAAUUUACUGAUAGGUAUUGUUGUACUAGUAAUUUUACAUGAUCAAGUUUUUGCAAUAAUCUAGUUAGCCAAGUCGAUUAGUAUGAGUGUAUCCGUCAUCUUUUUUUCUUUCUCUGAAAUGAACACUCAUUCAAAUCUGCAUGUACAAGGAUUGUAACAGACUAACAGCAUUUCAAUUUAAGGUAUCUGUGUUGUCUCA